AUGUUUUUCAGGUCGUUCAGCUUGAAGCUCAUAUUCCCCUCGCCAUUUUUCUACCUUGCAGGUGUGCAGGUCAGGAACGUUCUGGCCUCAUCCCAGCUCAUUCAGACUCAGCUAGCCACUGUUUGGAACCUGGCAGAUGUGGACAAGGACGGCCAGCUGACAGGGGAGGAGUUCAUCCUGGCUAUGCACCUGGUGGACAUGGCGAAGGCCGGACAGCCGCUGCCCCUCACGCUUCCCGGGGACCUGGUGCCCCCCUCCGUCAGAACGGGGAAGCAGGGGGAAUUGCUUCCUUUGAAUCGCACCAUCGUCCCUGAAGAAAUUCAAGUUGAACCACCCCAGAAGCAUUAG